CGUUCGCUACAAAAGAUGUGGAUAAAGGAAUGUGCUGUCAAGAAGAAUAAAGUUUUACAGGACUUUUAUUGUGAAAUCAGCCCACCUCUUCUCACUGUUUGAAGCUUGACUACCAACAUGGCGCUGUGUUUGACCGUUCAGGCUGCCACUCACUAAAAUCUGUAAAACGUUUGUUGGUUAAAGUGAUUUUUUUUGUACCUUUAUAACGUGGUUUGCAACGUGAGCGUGUAAAAUGUCUAAAGGAGAACUACUGAGAGCGCUGGUGAAGCAGCGACUGGCUGCGGCUGCCGAAGAGAUCUUUGUGCUGUUUGAAGGAACCAUGGCAGCGUACGAGCAGGAACUUUGUCGUUCCAAAGAGGAGAACCUACGACAGCGCCACCUACUGGACGCUGUUUUAAACCCUCACGUUCGCUUAGAUGCAUCAGACCUGCAAGAGAUGUUGGCGGGUAAAGAAAAGCAACACAACCAGAUUCCCUGUCUGGACCAAGAAGCUGCAGACUGCCCUCAGCAGGACUGGAGUCUGUGUUUGGACCACAAGGACUCUGAUCCUGCGUACAUUAAAGUGGAACAUGAGGAGGUUGAUGUCACCGAGUUCCAUUCUCCUGUCAUCACUAUGAAGAGUGAAACUGAUGAAGCGGAGACUGACAACAGUCAUUUCUGGAAGGAGACCAGGCAACAAGCAUCAGGUUUAAAAAUUACACGGACCAGCAAGGUGUCUGUGAGUGAUAUGGUUUGUGAGAAUGAUAAGAAAUCCUUUGUCUCUGGGUCCAUUACCCACAGCAAUAUUAAACUUGAACUUUGUCACAGAGCUGAGACACUGUACAGCUGCUCUAUUUGUGCUGCAGAUUUUCCAUCAGAAGAAAACCUGGAACUACACAUGGGCCUCCACCAGGGGGCUCCCCAGCUUGACCUCAGACUUUGUGCCCAAACAUUGAAUCAGUAUGAAGAGUUCAAAGAGGAUUUGGGCCAUCAAAACCAAACUGAGGACCAAAGACUACAAGAAGCCAAAUGGUUUGAUCCAGAUGGUCAGACUGAGCCACCGACUGAUGAGACCUCAGUUAUUUCUGAGCCUGAGACUGAUGUCGACUGGGAGGAUAUCAGAGACACUCAGUCAGGGUUAACAUCUGUGAGAUAUGAUAAUGUCUCUGUAAGUAGUAAAACUUGUAAUACAGGUGAGAAACCAUUUAUGUGCUCUGAAUGUGACACUAGAUUUGUUCACAAGAAAAGUCUGCAGAGACAUAUGAGAACUCACACAGAAAAGAAAACAUGCAAAUGCUUAACAUGUCAUCAAAUAUUUUACAAGGAGGAUUUGAAUGAGCAUAUGAGAAGUCAUAAAAAAGAGAAACCAUUUAACUGCCCUCUGUGCGGCACAAGAUUUGGUCAUAAGAAAAGUCUGUCAAGACACAUCAAAGCGCACUCAGGAGAGAAACUAUUCAGCUGCUCAGACUGUGGCAAAAAAUUUGGUCGCAAAUCCCAUCUCAUGAGACACGCAAUGAUUCAUAUGAGGCAUAAAAUAUUUCAUUGAACAGCUGUGGAAGAAUUUACAGUGAAGUGGCAAUACAUACAACAAGUAUUCAAACACAGGCUUUUACAGAUUAUUAUAGGAUGUCAAGUUUUUAAAAGAGGAAAAAUUUAGCCUUCUUUACAUAAAAAUUUGAAACAGUAUUAUUAAAGUGAGAGCAAAUCUUUAUAAUAUGAUUUAGGUGAAAUAGAACUCUAAGGCCAUUGGAGGGUCCAGCAGUCCAUGAUUUAUCCUUAAAGGAUUCCUCUUGUCUAUCUGUUUCGUGUGUCUGUUCUGACAGUGCAUGAAGCAAUUGUGCUGCAUUAAGAACAGGAGCAAUCAGAGAUUUCUGUCCAUCAAUCCACAUCCGGAUCACCUUCAAAAUGCAGUGGAGUCUUCCAUGCGCUAAUAUCUAUCUG